GGUAUAAAUAAGUCACAAGUUUCCCUGCAAAGGGUGGAGGUACAGACAUGAUGAAGUUUGUCGUUUUUGCUCUCUUUGUCGCUGGUGCCUACGGGUGCGGCCUGCCCACCUUCCCCCCUGUGGUGACCAGGGUGGUUGGAGGAGAAGAUGUCAGGCCUAACAGCUGGCCCUGGCAGAUUUCCCUGCAGUACAACCGACAGGGAGAAUGGAGACACACCUGUGGAGGUACUCUGAUCUCCAACCAGUGGGUCCUCACCGCUGCUCACUGUAUCAGCAAAGACAAGGAGUACAGAGUGGCCCUGGGAAAGCACAGCCUGGUACAAACAGAGGAGAGUGAAGUGUUCAUGGGCACCGCUAACAUUGUUGUUCAUGAGAAAUGGAACCCUUUCUUCAUCCGUAAUGACAUCGCACUGAUCAAGCUGGAGUCCCCCGUCACCUUCUCUGACAGCAUCAUGGCCGCCUGCCUCCCUUCUGCUGGCUUCCUCCUCCCCCACGACGAGUCCUGCUACGUCACCGGAUGGGGCCGCCUCUACACCGGAGGUCCCAUUGCUGACAUUCUACAGCAGGCCCUCCUGCCCGUGGUGGACCACGCCACCUGCACCAAGCCCGACUGGUGGGGAGCUCAGGUCAAGGACACCAUGGUCUGUGCCGGUGGAGAUGGAGUUGUGUCUGGCUGCAACGGGGACUCUGGCGGCCCUCUGAACUGCCAGAAUGCCGACGGCGCCUGGGAGGUUCACGGCAUAGUCAGCUUUGGUUCCGGUCUCAGCUGCAAUUUUGCCAAGAAGCCCACCGUCUUCACCCAAGUCAGCUCCUACAUCGACUGGAUCAGCUCUCAAAUGGUGGCCUAUUGAGUGAGCAGGCGCAAGGGAUCAAUGCACAAUGUAAAAUAAACAAAAUGUGGAAUUGCAAAGAAA